AUGGAAUCUGAGGAGAACAAAACAAAUAGAAAAAAGGCAGUUGAAGCUAAGUGCACCAGCAAAGGUAAGGCAUCUACAAAUAUUAUUUCUAUAGAUGAGCAAGAACAUAUAAUUGAUGAAUUUUUAGAACAAUGGAAUUGUGAGAAUGAAAAUUUGACCAUGUGUUGUUCUGAUUGUUGCAAGGAAGAAGCUAAGUGCACAUACCAAGCUUAUCAAGAAGAUGCGGUGACAAAGAUACCAACUGAAAGUGACCCUCAACAUGACAAAGGUGCAAAUGCACAAGAAUUCUUCAUAAUUCAAGGGCAACUUCAUGCAUCAAAUUGGGAAGAUCAAGGUAUGUUUAAAGCUUUUGUGGAAAAGCAAAAUGGUUACUAUAUUAAAGCUUUAAGAACAAACAAAGGAGGUGAAUACAUUUCUAAUGAAUUUUUGAAUUUUUGUAAAAGACAUGGUAUCCAUAAACAAUUUACAGCUAGUUACACACCACAACAAAAUGGUGUAGCUGAGAGGAAAAAUCAGACCAUAAUGGAAAUGCCCUGA